UCUGAAGCAUGGAGUUCAGCCGAGUGUAAUUCCAGGUGCGUACGAGAGCGUCAUGGAUAAAUCGAAAGUAGCGCAGCAGAGAACAACGAUAGGGAAUGUCUGGGACGCGGUAAUCACGAGUCUCGGUGCCAAAACCGGUGCCUUUAGAAUCUGUUUUUCACCGUCGUGAUGGUUUAGUGAUGAAGAAUUUUGAGACGCACAGGUGGGAGCGACGUGUCUUCACACCGCCGUGCACUUGUUUCUCUUACUGACGUCCACUGCUCGGUUUGGGCGAAACGACGGACUAAACAUGGAUACACUGAGGGAAACCAGGAAACAAACAAUCAAAGCCAAAUCGGCGAAGCGCAAGAACAAAACGCACAAGUCCCAGAAGCUGUUCAGAAGGAAAUCGUUAAAAUCGCUGGGAAAUUUUAUGAGCAGGAUUGUCAAAACUUUGGGCACUUUGGCACACUUGGGGGACGCAGAUCAGCCGGACGCGGCUGCGGAGGAUGAUGAUGGUGGAUUUGGAGACACGGCGAGUGUCCACAACUCUGGGAACUAUAGAGAGAGUUCGGCGAGGAAAAGCUCUUCUUACGGGUCUGUGAAAGAAAGACUGUCGUGGUGUUACGGCGAGAAAACACCGGGAGUUCAGGGUCUGAAGAAUCACGGAAACACCUGUUUCAUGAACGCUGUGGUGCAGUGUCUGAGUAACACAGAACUUCUGGCUGAAUAUCUGGGUCUGGAGCAGUAUAAAUAUGAAUUUAAUGAGCGGAGGAUCAACGGGAUGAUGAAGAGUGAGGAGGUCAGAGGGGAAGUCACGGACAAGCUGGCAUUGUUAGUGAGGGCGCUCUGGACGAACGACUACACGCCUCAGCUGUCGGUGGAUUUUAAGAGUGUUGUGGCCAAGUAUGGCUCUCAGUUCAAAGGAAACGCUCAACAUGAUGCUUUAGAGUUUCUGCUCUGGCUUCUGGAUUGUGUGCAUGAGGACGCUAACCUCUCCACCAACAACAACCAAAGCAGAAAUAGAUCAUCCAGCAAGGGUUCUGUGGGAUUGGAGGAGAGUUCAUGCCCCAGCCCAGCAAACUCACAGCAGCCUGGAACUCGACACAGUUUUGUACAGGAGCACUUCCAAGCCCAGUACAGGUCAUCGUUGACAUGCCCGCAUUGCCUUAAACAGAGCAACACCUUUGACCCUUUCCUGUGUAUUUCACUUCCAAUCCCACUGCGACAGACCAGGGCCCUGAAUGUGACUCUGGUGUUCAGCACAGAAGGUCAGCGGUUUCUGAGAAUAGGGCUGGCUGUGCCUCUCUUUGGGUCUAUUUCAACACUCAGGGCCAUGGUAGCAGAGGAGGGCAAGCUCUCUCCAGACCAGGUGAUUUUGACAGAGAUGAACUCGGGUGGGUUCCAGCGCUCUUUCUCUGAUGAAGAUGAUAUGACCAGUAUAUCAGAGAGUGAUGUCAUCUACGCCUUCCAGGUUCCACCUCACUUCACCAGAGGAGGUUCCAUGCGGUUCUCAGGGUACCAUCACUCCCUCCCCUCCUCCCCAUACACUGCAGAUUUCAAAGGUCACAGGCUACCACCGUCAGGGACGUUAUCAUCAGAAUUCUUGAAUCAGGGGGGUUCUUCAAAAGUCCUCCUCUUAAUCUGCAGUGUGGCUGGCUCUGGCCAACAGGCUACAAGGUUUGGCCCACCGUUUCUGAUGAGAGUAGAAAGGACUCUUUCUUGGGAUCAUCUGCAACAGAGUGUCUGCAAUAAGCUUUACGUUUUUCAAAAAACUGCAAUAAUAAAGACUACUGAACUGUUCAAAGUGCGUGUGGUGGGUGGAUCAGCCUCCUGCAGUUAUCUGUCUCCGCAUGACACCAGACCUCUAUGCCAUCCCACCCUGGACAGAGCCCUGAAGUUAUGUGGUCCAGGUGGUCCUCUGCAUGUGAAGCUCGUAAUUGAAUGGGACAACAAAAUUAAAGAGGGCCUCUUUGGCAAUAUCCAAGAGGAGGUGAUUGAAGAUGCAGAGAGUGUGAGAAUCCAGCAGCAGAAUCAUGUACAACAGCACAGCUGCACACUGGAUGACUGUUUUCAGCUCUACACCAAAGAGGAGCAGCUGGCACCAGAUGAUGCAUGGAAGUGCCCCCACUGUAAGCAAAUGCAGCAGGGAAUGGUGAAGAUGAGUUUAUGGACACUGCCCGACAUCCUCAUACUACACCUGAAGCGUUUUCGGCAGGUGGGCAAACGGCGAAACAAACUCUCCACCCUCAUCCGCUUUCCUGUAAGUGCUCUGGAUAUGACCCCCCAUGUGGUGAAACGCAGUCAAAGCAUGAAGAAUCUGGCCCCUUUGCCUGAAACUUGGAAGCAUGGAGAGACUGACUUUCUUUAUGACUUGUAUGGAGUUUGCAACCACCACGGAGGCAUGCAUGGAGGCCAUUACACAGCCUAUUGCAGGAACUCUGUGGACGGCCACUGGUACAGUUAUGAUGACAGCAGUGUGGAGAUUGUGCCAGAGGAGGAACUGUGCACACGAGGGGCUUAUAUCCUGUUCUACCAGAGGAGAAAUGUCAUCCCACCCUGGUCUGCCAACAGCUCGGUCAGAGGUUCCACCAGCUCCUCGAUGUCAGACCACUGGCUCAUCCGUUUGAAUGGUGACAGUAAAAGAGGAAGUAUGGUUUCACGGUCUUCUACAACAUGCCCUUCUUCCAUCCCAGACUCCCCAGAGUCUCCAGUCUUUAAAAAUGAACCCUCAGCAGAGGAAAGAGUGUCUUUAGGUGGGUUUGAAAGCAGACCUUUUGUGCGAGGAAUUCAAGGUCGUAGUGUAAGCAUGAGAAGUCCCACCAAGACUAAAGUGCUCCCACUGCGAUGGUCCUUUGGAAAUAAAGACCGCCACAAACCUGCCCCAGCUUCUGAACAGUCUCCUGCAGAACUGGUGGAGUAUUUAGAGUCUGGGAGGAGACCGAGAUGUACCAAAGACCCCAUUGUUUCCCUAAUGACUCGACCUUCAGACAAAGACGACGAUGCAAAAAAAACAGCCAAACCUUCCAGCCACAAUGGCCUCAGACCUCCAGAAUAUCUGAAAAUACCACAGGGUCAAGUAAAAAGUAGCUCAGAGAAAGCAAUGGACCAACAACCUGCCAGUAGCAGUAGAUCAAGAGAAGAAGGGACCUUGACCAGACGGAGCAGCAGAAAAUCCAAACCGGACCAAACGCAGUCCAGAAAGAGCUCUGGUGCAGGGAUCCAGUCCAGUUGUAGUGGUCCAAAUGGCUGGGAAACAGCACAGAAGGAUGAGUCAAGUGACAAACGUGACCAAUCAGAGGAUAAGCAUAGAAAAGGGCAGGAGACUAAACGUCAUGAUAGUGUCUUCGCUUUUCUCAAAGGUGGCUUUAUGAAGAAGGACUCCCUUCGGAAGUCUCGGGAUAAUGAUUCUGUCAAAAAGGCUGAUGCAGGGGUGAAGAGCCCAUCUGGAGUUUCCCUCUCCAAUGGGACACAUAAUAGAAAUCCAGAAGGUAAAGCCAGUACUAUGAACCAUGGUAGCAGGCACGGAAGUGAACUGGUGAAUGGCAAGGUGAGUCGUGGUUCCUCAGACAUCAAACGCUCACAAAGCUCAUCGAAUAUUCAAAGCAAAACUGAUCUAGGCUUAAGAAGAACAGCAUCUUUACACAGGAACAGCACAACGGUGGCCCAACCACAGAGCGUGCCUGGGGACAGGGGCUCUCAGAACACUUUACAACGCACACGAUACAGCACAAACUCACUGGGCAGAAAGAAGGCAGUGCCUGAAUCAAGUUUCUAAGACUUAUGCUGUGUUCACACCAGACGCGGUAUGCAUGGAUAAAUCGUGAGAUUCAUGCGUAAAUAGAUGCGUGAACAUUUUAAGUUUACUUGCUUCAUUCGCGUGUCAAAUCCGCUUCAUUCACGCGUCAAAUUUACUAAGCAAUAGACGCAGAUUCGCAUCAUGGGUGAGGCUUCUGUCUGCCUGGUGACUGUAGCUUCAUUGCUAAAUGGCUAACAUGGAUUUUAUUGAGAGAAUAGCUGUGUUUAUGUGCUUUAAAAGGACUGAAAAACAGCGUUGAUUCCUUUGAAGCAGUGUCUGAGUCAACUAAAUCCAUUCAGGAGUUCAUCAACUCUUCCAGAAACUACCUGGAUGAUGGAAGCUUUCAGCGGUGCUUCUGACUGAGCUGAGCCAAGUUUGAUGAACUGUUGUCAGUGUCGGCAGGAGGAUUUUCCCCCGGGACACCAAAAACAAGCGCUACAUCAUAAUCAUGCCCCUAAAAGAGCAAGCUCCUGAUUGGUUAAUGUGGCGCGAAUGUCUGCUGAAGUUUAGAUUUUCGAACUCGAGCGAUUUGCGCAAAACACUGGAUAUGUUCAAC